AUGACCGUCUCUUACGAUCACUCGUCGUUGCGGAACGCCGCACCGACGUCAAUGGCUACCCUUGAAGACCGGUUUGAAGUGAUGAAGGAAGUCGGGGAUGGUAGCUUUGGCAGUGUUGCCGUGGCUCGUGUACGGACGGCUGGUUCCAACAUCGCGCGGAGAGGAACCAUGGUUGCCAUUAAGACUAUGAAGAAGACCUUUGAUUCAUUAGCUCCGUGUCUAGAAUUACGGGAAGUCAUUUUCCUACGGACCCUGCCCGCUCAUCCACACCUCGUUCCAGCUCUCGACAUUUUUCUCGACCCUCUUUCCCGCAAGCUGCAUAUCUGUAUGGAAUACAUGGAUGGUAACCUUUACCAACUGAUGAAAUCUCGAGACCACAAGCCGUUCGAUGGGAAGCAUGUGAAGAGCAUCCUAUACCAAAUUUUGUCGGGCCUUGAUCACAUCCAUGCCCACCACUUUUUCCAUCGUGACAUCAAACCGGAAAACAUCCUUGUCUCCACAUCCGCUCCGAGCGACUCUGCUUUCAGCCGUUACUCUAACCUAGUAACUCCCCCCUCAACCCCUCCAACAUAUACCGUGAAAAUCGCCGACUUUGGCCUCGCAAGGGAGACCCAUUCCAAGCUCCCGUACACUACAUAUGUCUCCACAAGAUGGUACCGAGCUCCUGAGGUCCUUUUGCGUGCAGGUGAAUACUCCGCGCCUGUGGACAUGUGGGCUGUCGGAGCCAUGGCCGUUGAAAUCGCUACGUUGAAGCCAUUGUUUCCCGGUGGUAAUGAAGUUGAUCAGGUUUGGCGAGUUUGCGAAAUUAUGGGUAGCCCAGGGAACUGGUACAGUAAGUCGGGCUCCAAGCUCGGUGGUGGUGAAUGGAGAGAUGGCUCCCGUCUUGCUCAAAAACUGGGAUUCACUUUCCCCAAGAUGGCCCCGCAUUCAAUGGAAAGCAUCCUCCAAGCACCCCAAUGGCCAACGUCUCUUAGCCACUUUGUCACUUGGUGUCUGAUGUGGGAUCCCAAGAAUAGGCCAACUUCGACACAAGCCUUGAAUCAUGAGUACUUUGCAGAUGCUGUUGACCCAUUGCGACCGAGGUCCUCAACUGCCCGACUGUUGGGUCGGAAAACUUCGGACAAGAGCUUCAAGUCUCCUACCCGGGAAAACAGUGACUCGCCCUCUCUCACAUCUAAGUCGUCGUGGUUCAGAAGAUCAUUGAUCGGAAGGUCUGAUAGCGAUAACGAGCAGUCAAAACAGCCUGUUGUCUCAUACAGCACGGCCCCUGAGACGACCAAGACUAAGCCUGCGCCCAGUAAGCGUGCCACUUGGGCAAAUGGAGCCCCGAUGCCUAUCUUGCCCUCAAUCCGACCGGUAUCCCCGCUUUCCAACGCAGUCACAGCACAAGCAAAUUCAUGUCUUGCCGGUGACAACGGAAAGGCGAGCAAGAAGAUUGGCAGACAGCUUUCGCUCAACUCCCAUGGCAAUCACUACGCUGAUGUCCACAGGCAAGAAGCGGAGAGGGCUUUGAAUGGUGGAAACCCUCUGGUUGGUGCCAACCAGAAGGAGAGUUUUUUCUCUCACCUUCGCAAACGUGCUCGUAGGCUAUCUGGCCGUAACCAGGGAAACGUGGGAAGCGAUGAUGUUGAGGCUAAUGCUGGUUGUAUGCCUUGGUCGAAUCGUUCAUCUUUAGCCUUGGACACUGCCAGUGCUAACGACGCCAAGCAAGGCUCUGAUUUGUCGGAAUUGGACAAAGCCCUUCAGGGCGUGAAAUGCUCACUCGAUUCGACUGCACUUGGAAAUGUCCCUGUCCAUAUUACCUCACCCAUGGAGGGCGUGAAGAGACAAUCCAUGCCUCAAGGAUCUAUGCGCUCAAUGGGAGAUAGCCCCGUUUCAACCAGUGGUACUGGUGCGCCAAUCUCCAGCCGAACUCGGCGUGCGCUGCAGCUCUCCAGCCACCCUGUUCACCGCUACGAAACGCCGGAAGAGGAGGAUGAGCUCCUCGAUGAAGCCUUACAUUCGGCGAGCAAAGCUGCGAGACGACUAGCACAGACUGAGGCAUCGUCCGAUAGAUCAUCGAAUUAUAGUCACCAGGCCAUGGGAAACGACAACUCACGCGCAUUGCCUAGCCCCUAUCCUACCCCCUCUCCAUCAGCAAAAUGCGACGGUGUUUCCUUUGGCCACUCUGAUGCUACUCCAAUUAAGCGAUUGGGUCUUGCCGAUGGCAAGACAGACCCUGCCACAAGUACGCGCCAAUGGCCUACCCCGCCUUACGAAGAUGGGGACUGGAACCAUUCAGGCCCUACAAACUUCAUGACAGGGUCGACCUAUAGGUAG